GGUAAAGAUGGCGGCGUCAGAGGGGGCGCGCAGUAGCCGGACCACGGCAACAGCAUUUUGAAAAAAGCUCCACAUUUCAGCAACACCUUCUCGUUCAUCUUCUUCCUGGACGACGUGUGUUCCCCUGGAGUAAAGACGGUCGCUGUCACGCAGCGGGGGUGUUUUUUUUUAGGUUUAAAACCCGGGGGAGUUCUGGAUUUCUGUGAUUGCCGCUAAGAGCAGCUAGCUGUUUAGCCAAGCCAGCUAAUACGCGAUAGUUAGCGGUGAGAAGGAGGAGGGGGAUUGAGGAACACUAUUCUGCACGCACGCUCCUCCAGCGCACGGGAAUGUGAGCCGGAGGCGCACUGGGGGUUUGCUCGCUUUGUCCCGAACGUCCUUACGACAAACUACCGGGAUGGGACAGCAGGUAGGCCGCGUCGGUGAGGGCACAUCGACCGGACUGCAGCCGCCACAGCCCCACGCGUCCCAAGUGAAGGGGAACCGGGGGAGCGUCGCCGGGAGGAGACCCCGAGAACCCGGCUGUAACAGCGGCACACCACCGGGCAGGUCCGCUGCGAUCAACGUGCCUGACCCGUCGAUCAAUAUAUUCACCAAGCAUUCAGAAGCUCUCCACAGGCCAUUUGGGCUGGAUUCUGCAGCCCUGACAGAAGCGGUACGCUGGAGCUCCAAAGAGAACCUCCUGGGGGCGGCCGAGAGCGACCCCAACCUGUUUGUUGCACUUUAUGACUUUGUGGCCAGUGGGGACAACACACUCAGCAUCACUAAAGGGGAGAAGCUGCGUGUGUUGGGCUACAACCAAAAUGGAGAGUGGAGCGAAGUCCGUUCCAAGAACGGCCAGGGUUGGGUCCCUUCCAACUACAUCACACCUGUCAACAGCCUGGAGAAGCACAGCUGGUACCACGGGCCCGUGUCACGCAGCGCCGCCGAGUACCUGCUCUCAUCCCUCAUCAACGGCAGCUUCCUUGUCCGAGAAAGCGAAAGCAGUCCCGGGCAGUUGUCCAUUUCCCUUCGCUACGAGGGGAGAGUCUACCACUACCGGAUCAACACUUCCUCGGAUGGAAAGGUGUAUGUGACAUCCGAGAGCCGCUUCGCCACCCUGGCUGAGCUGGUCCACCACCACUCCACUGUAGCCGACGGCCUGGUCACCACACUGCAUUACCCGGCACCCAAGUGCAACAAGCCCACCGUGUACGGCGUGUCGCCCAUCCACGACAAGUGGGAGAUGGAGCGCACCGAUAUCACCAUGAAGCACAAGUUAGGUGGCGGCCAGUACGGCGAGGUGUACGUGGGCGUGUGGAAGAAGUACAACCUCACUGUCGCUGUCAAAACACUCAAGGAGGACACCAUGGAAGUUGAGGAAUUUUUGAAAGAGGCUGCUGUCAUGAAGGAGGUUAAACAUCCAAACCUAGUUCAGCUUCUUGGUGUGUGUACGUUGGAGCCCCCGUUUUACAUAGUGACGGAGUACAUGCCGCACGGCAACCUUCUGGACUACUUGAGAGACUGCGAUAAGGAAGAAGUGAACGCUGUGGUUCUUCUCUACAUGGCCACGCAGAUCUCCUCGGCAAUGGAAUAUUUGGAGAAAAAGAACUUCAUCCACAGGGAUCUCGCGGCGAGGAACUGCUUGGUCGGUGAGAAUCACGUGGUGAAGGUAGCAGACUUUGGUCUGAGCAGGUUGAUGACCGGUGACACCUACACUGCACACGCUGGGGCCAAGUUCCCCAUCAAGUGGACUGCGCCAGAAAGCCUCGCUUACAACACCUUCUCCAUCAAGUCCGAUGUGUGGGCGUUCGGAGUCCUGCUAUGGGAAAUAGCCACCUAUGGCAUGUCUCCAUACCCAGGCAUCGAUCUGUCUCAGGUUUAUGAUCUUCUCGAGAAGGGCUACCGAAUGGAACAGCCUGAGGGAUGCCCGCCAAAGGUCUAUGAACUCAUGAGGGCAUGCUGGCAGUGGAGUCCACUCGACCGGCCAUCGUUUGCAGAAAUCCACCAAGCCUUUGAAACAAUGUUCCAUGACUCCAGCAUCUCAGAAGAGGUAGCGGAGGAGCUCUGUAAGACAGCAUCCUCCGGUCACGGCAGUCCUCUGCACUCUUUCGACACUCCCUUAUUGCCCUCCAAAUCCCGCACUAUCUUCAAGCACACGGAAAACAAGGAAAACAUCGAGGGCGGGCUCGACGGGAGGCCAGACCACGUCACGCACGCUCCCUCAGGUUGGACUUCUUUAUUAGGAAGCGAAGGACGCUCAGGCAGUUCCCCAGCGCUGCCCAGAAAACAGCAACCCCGUGAUAAAUCUCCCGGGAGUCUUUUAGAAGACGCUCUGGACACAGGCACGUUCACCCGAGAUCGCAAGACUAGCUUCUUCAGCUCCUUCAUCAAGAAGAAGUCGUCGUCAUCGUCUUCCUCCUCCUCCUCGCCGUCUUCCCAACACCAACAGAACCUCCCGACGCCUCCCAAAAGGAGCAGUUCCUUUCGGGAGAUGGAAACGCAACCGCACAAGAAAUAUGAGCCCACUGCUGAUUUCAGCCCCCCGCCUCCGCUACCGCAGUCGGACAGUUUAGGUGGCUUCUCCGCUUCCCCCUCUCAUUCCCACGGCGAACCCGCCCAGACUCAAUCGCGCUGCUGCGGGGCCGCAUUUGGACAGAAGCCCUCCAGCGGGGGAUUUGUCUCGCAGGUAACAAGCGGUAGCAGCUGGGGAGGACUCGCCGGAUUUUUCACCCCCAGGCUUAUCAAAAAGACCCUCGGGCUGCGGACAGGAAAGGCAGUCUGCUCAGGGGAUGGUGGAAACAUGGUUGGGGGGCCUAAGCCCUUACCCAGGUCCAAUUCUACCUCCUCAAUGUCAGCCGGGUUGCCAGAUCUUGAACGUAUUGCUUUGACUUUACCCAGGAACCGCAGUGCUAAGACUCCUCUGGAGAGGACUGCUUCAACCACCUCCCAGCCAGAGAACGGGGCUACUACACGUGCCCCCGAAACUCUGCUCAGGAGGAUGGAUGAGGGGACCGCACAGAUCAGGGAAAGACCCAAAGCCAAGCUGCUACCCCGGAGCGCUGGCGCGGGAGGGAGGGCGCCCGGAGUCGGGGGGGAAGUCGGCGAAUCGGACAGUACGUCUCGGGUGAGGGAGGGUAGAGAUGACGGCGGGGCAGGACUGGAAAGGCAGCAAAGCUGGUCGUCCCCCUCAAAGAUUUCAGCGGCGUCAACGUGCGCAGCAGGCGCACAAACGCACAACCACAAAGUUCCAGUUCUCAUCUCCCCCACGUUGAAGAACAGCCCGGGCGACGUGCACCUCGUGGGAUUGGACUCUCAGGGGAACCGCUUCAAACUGCUGUCAGAGCACCAAGCCGACCGGGACAGGCCGCGACUGGUCAAACCCAAAUGCGCCCCGCCUCCUCCGCCGACCUUCCGCGGCAUACAACACUCCUACAGCAGCGAGGGAGAGGAGCAAGUAGCAGCAGGAGCGGUGGAAGUAAACGGAGAUACUUUAAAAAGUCACAGGUCGGGCCGCUUGCCGGGCGGAACGACCACGAGCAGACCGUCAGUGCCACCGCCACAAGUGCCUCCUGCUACGUCCACUAAAAUGGCCAACGGGGCGUCACACUCCAAAGUGGCCCUGCGGCGAACCAGACAACCGUCGGAGAGGGUCCCGCUGGAGCGGAUCAGCCGCGAGGCCCUCCUGGAGUGCGCCGAGUGCCUGAGCAGCGUCCUCCAUACCAGCUCGGAAAGCCCCUCCAGCAGCCAAGUCCUGGACGCCGGCCACCAGCUGCUGGACUACUGCUCAGGUUACGUGGACUGCAUCCCCCAGACGAGGAACAAGUUUGCCUUCCGUGAGGCGGUGGGAAAACUGGAGCUCAGCCUGCAGGAGCUGAGAGCCUCGUCCUCAGGUGGCGGAGGACUGAACUGCUUGGGCUCCAACAGCGUACUGGACAACCUGCACAGCUGCAUUAAAGAGAUUAGCGAUGUCGUCCAGAGGUAGCCGACGCUAACCGCCAUCUUUAACCGUUUUGGGACAUGACAACAAUGUGUAAAGUACCUCAGAGAAAUCACUACAAACUGUCCGCUUUUUAUUGUUUACAAGCAGUUGUUUCAUAAAACGCCAGUGUGGACACUUCUUUUUUGGCUCCGUCUAACCUGUACAUAUUCUGACAACCGCGUCGGCCAAAAGAAACGCGGUUCAAGUCCAAAAGGUGAAAUGUUUGCCUCGCGUCGGCCAUAAUCGUGAAAUGAAUGUCAAGCGUGCGUCGCCUGCACAGAUUGUCGCUCCGCUUGUGUGUCGGUCUGUCGAUUGUGUUCAGCCUUACUGACUAGCAGACGGUGGUUUGCUCCUGUCCAGCUUAAUGUUUCAUGAAUGUGUGACUCAUCGCUCGGGUGCAUCGUGUUGGAGCAUUUUGCAUCGUGUCUAGCAACUGAGGGACCAUUACUAAUUAUUGGAAGCCAUUUUAACUAGCGGAUAGGAAAGAGCGUCAGCAUUUUGUUGGUUUGAUUUACAACAUGGGCUCUGUUUUAUAAUAGGGAUAUGCGUUUGACCUAAUUUCCUUGAUUGACUAUGGUAUCAAUUAACUAAUUGACUGCUGGGUGUUUUUAAAGGAGAUUACUGGUUGAUUGGUUUUCUCGAUAUUGAACCUUCAUUUAUAUACAUGGCGAUUUAUUUAUUUUGAAUCAUUCACAUUUGGCAGAAUUGUUAACAACACCGUUCUCUGGUGUGUCAAAUUUGAAAGAAAUCUUCAAUUUACAUUCACUUUUAAUGAUUGUCUAUCCCUAUUUUAAAACAGUACAGUACUUGGGAUUUACGAAUGGGUCGUGAAUAUUAUCAAAUCUUAAUACGCACAAAUCAAGUAAAUUUAUCAACUUAACCACAAGAUAUGGGAAAAAAAAUUGGUAAACUAUACAUUAUGGCGGUGUACACCAUUGGCCUUUUUCAGUGCUGAAUUAUGAAAAAAAUGUAAUUUCUUCUCAGUAUUCAGAGAAAAUGAAUGUUUUUCGGCCUACAGCAUGAAUGAAUUUCACCCCUGACACGUCCAUUUCAAUGUUGAUCUCUGGAUGUCCUUCCGCACCGCUUUUCAUUCUUGAGAGGAGCACAGGGUAGCACACCACUAGGCCAAUUGGGACAGCUUUUUUUUUUUCUUCUUUCUCCAAGUGUACUUGCAUCUUAUGGACAGUGCAGGACUCCGUGUAGCCUUUGUGGUCUCAGUGCCUCACGUCUGCAAUUUAUGAAACACAGAUCAAACACACUGAGUGCUCAUCACACUAAUCACACAGUUGGAACUCUUUCUAGGCUAAUCCACAGUCUGUCUCGAGCACAUGAGCAAUUUGUACAUUAUUUGGGUUAAAGAAUGAUUUCUAGAAUGUCUAUGUAUGAACUUGAAUUUUAAUUUAUUUUUGUUUUUAUUAUUAUUAUUAAAAGCACAGAGCUAUUUUGGGAGAGAGUGGGCAGGGAGUUAAUAUUUGUUUUUUUUCAAAUCCAGAAAACAAUUUAUGUUGUCGUCACAGCAAGGCAAAUUUGAUCCGACCCGCUUUGCAUUUCUAAAAACAGAAUUUCUGAGUACUUUACUUUGAAUUUAAAACACACACGCGCACCCUGAUAGGACAAAGGGUCCCCAACCCUGAGGCCUAUCCAUCUGCUUUCUGAAUGUAUUCUGAAGUCAUCAAAUGUUCAUCAGCAUGAAUAUCUCAUCUCUUAAGGUGCCGUUACAUUUAUUUAUUUUUUUCACAAUUUGUAGUCCAAGCUGCUUGGCUACUUAUUGAGCACAAGCUGCAAGAAUUGUACAUGUAUGCACAAGUACGCAGAGAGCACGUUGUCUAUUUGGGCUCACAGCUUAAUGUACACUGGAUAAGGCCUCGUACAUUUCUAACAUUUGCAUGUGAAACACUGCAGGUCCAUAACACAUACAUUUACAUAUACUGUGAGUCUCAAAUUACAAGCGAAAUGUCGUUUUUCUGUGAUUCUUGGUGCCUUUUAUGUGAGCAAAUUUCUUUCAAGAAUCUACAGCCUCAUAAAAACAUGCAUGUGUCAUAUUUCUGUUGCUUUACACAUUUAUUACUUAUCCUGAGCUACUUCAUUUUUCUGUCAUUUUCCUCUAUUGAUCUAUUUUCUCAUGUUUAGUGAUGGAGUGUCAUCAAAGAUGGAAAUAAAAUUGUCACCCCCCUUGAAAUACAUUGAAGUAACAGGGUCUAUGAAUAAAUUGAGCUUUGUCUUCAUA